AUGGCUUCAGCAACGGCAACCGACCUUCAAGCGCCGCCUGGUCCUUCGCCUCAAGCCGCAAAUACCUCGACGAGCACGCAAUUUCCUCCUGUCAACAUCGGCACUCGCAACUCGGUACUCGCUCAGAUCCAAGCUCGGGCAGUCGAGAAAGCUUUGAAGGAUGCAUACCCAGACCGAACGUACAACAUAUGUCCCGUCGUAGUGCAGGGGGAUAGGGACAAGAUCACGCCAUUGCAGCAAUUGAGCCAGGGCGAGAAUGCGAAGAGCUUGUGGACGGGUGAAUUGGAGAGCAUGCUCGAGGCCGGAGACUUGGACAUUAUUGUACACUGUCUGAAAGACAUGCCCACCCAACUCCCAGAACAUCUCGAACUCGGCGCCAUCCUCGAACGCGAAGACCCCCGCGACGCCCUGCUUAUUUCGCCCCGUCUCCCAAAAGACACGACACUAGCGUCACUACCGCAAGGUGCUACGAUAGGUACCUCGUCGGUUCGUCGCGCCGCUACCUUGCGGAAGUUUUUCCCCCACCUGAAAUUUGCCGACCUGAGGGGCAAUGUUGGCACAAGGCUAGCAAAGCUCGAUGCUGAAGACUCACAAUACUCCGCAAUUAUACUGGCGGCUGCUGGUCUGAAGAGGAUGGGUCUCGAAAGCAGAAUCAGUCAGUAUUUGAGCAGCACAAAUGGUGGCAUGCUGCACGCAGUCGGCCAGGGCGCCCUUGCAAUUGAGAUUAGGAAGAAUGACCCAGUCAUGAAGGAGAUUCUUGAAAAGGUCCGGUGCGAGCGAACAACAAGAGCAUGCUCAGCCGAGCGAGCGCUGCUACGCACACUCGAGGGUGGCUGCAGUGUACCCAUCGGUGUCGAGACAUCGUGGCGAGGUGGCAAGGGCCUAGCAAUCGGCGCACAGCCAGCAAGAGACUACGACAAGCAUGGCAACGCCAUCGAAGAAUCAGAACCUGACAUCGACGAUCAAGAGCUAGUGCUAAGGGCUCUAGUUGUGAGUGUUGAUGGCACAGAAUCAGUCGAGUACGAGGCUGCACGCAAGGUUCGAUCAGCAGAAGAGGCAGAAACCAUGGGCCGAGAAAUAGCCAAGAUUCUGAUCGAGAAAGGUGCGGACAAAAUAUUGGAGAAGAUCACCGUGGAGAAGCAGUGGGCUGCGAAGAAGCAAUUGGAAGCGAUUCAAGCCGCUGCAAGUGCCUCAUAG